AUGACUGCUCAGCAGAUCAAGUCAGUAGCCAUCAUCGGUGCUGGGGCGUCAGGAGCCGCAGCCGCAGCCGCUUUUGGAGCAGAGGGCUAUUUCGACAAGAUACGAGUCUUCGAGCGGCGGGAGACGCCUGGCGGAACGUGGAUCUAUGAUGGUGACCCCAGGCCCGCACUCAAGAUUGUUCCUGGGGCCUUGCCUCCGGAUAUAGAUCGGCCCUUGACAAUCCCCGAUGGGUUGCCCAAAACCACCACCCCGAGCUCGCAAGAGCGUUUUGAGCGGACACCAAUCUAUGAUGAGUUGACGACCAAUGUCCCGGCCAUCGCCAUGUCCUUCUCAGAUCUACCCUUCGCAUACGGCCCUUUCGCUCCGCAUUGGGUACCACGGCAAUACAUAGCCAACUACUUUUCUUCGCACAGAACAGACCUCUUCCUGGCCCUGAAUACUACUGUGGAGGAUUUGUCCAAAUUGCCGACCAAAACGACCUCAAGUGGGACCAGAUGGAAACUCGUGCUUCGACGACAUGAUGCCGUAAGGCGCGUCGAUGUUUGGUGGGAAGAGGAGUUUGAUGCUGUCAUCAUUGCAAAUGGCCAUUACUCGGUACCAUAUGUGCCCCCUGUCACCGGUUUAGGUGAGUAUCUAGACCUGUUUCCCGGCAAAGUGUCACACUCGAAAGCAUACCGCACACCGGAGGAAUACAGAGAUAAACGAGUCCUGGUGAUUGGGAAUUCGGCAUCAGGCCACGACAUCACCACCGCUCUCGUCAAAGCGGCUCGACUUCCCGUCUACCAAUCGCGCCGAUCUCGCUCUCGAUGGGACGGUGCGAAUCCUCCGGAGGGCAUUGAGUGGAAACCCGUCAUCAGCGAAUACCGAUCCAACGGCGACAUUGUGUUCGACGACGGCUCGAUACUUUCCUCCAUAGAUGCCAUCAUCUACUGUACUGGCUAUCAUGCCUCCUUUCCGUUCUGGAACGCCGAGGCCAAUGGUGGCCCGAUCUUCGACUAUACCCAAAAUCGUCUGGUCGGGAGUUAUCAGCACACUUUCUUCCCUGACCAUCCUACCCUCGGUGUCGUCGGUAUGCCCCGCACAUUGACGUUCAGGUCGUUUGAAUAUCAGGCUAUCGCGCUCGCACGGCUCUUUUCUGGAAGGAAUGCCACCGCACUACCGCCCCAAGAAGAACAGAAACGUUGGGACAAGGAGCGCUGGGAGCUGGCCAGAAGAGAGCACAGGAAGUUUCACGACAUCCCUUGGGAUAACGGGGAGACCAUGGAGUGGUUACGCUGGCUAUACGAAUUGGCUGGGCUCCCUGAACUGGAAGGAGCAGGCAGGACCCCUCCCAUCCUCGACCGUGAAGUCAGAUGGGCGAUUGAGCAUGUCAGGAAGUAUCCGGAGCCUGGAGACGGGGAGAAGAGAUUGAAACAGGGUGCUGGGACUGAUGUCGACACCAAGGAAGAUGACAACGGCUGGGUGUUGGUGGGCUCUGAAGCGGUAAGAGAUAGACUACAUUUCAUUUAA